GUAAAGGCAAUAAACGCAUGUCGCCGACGUCGCCGUUUGUCGUCACCGCCAGUCGCCCGAGUCGCCGGUGGCUGCGAGGGAUCAGUCGUCCAACUCACAAGUUGUCGGACGGUUGUAAAAGACGUAGGAGCGAAAAAACCAUCAAUCUCCUUCAUUCUUACACAAUCGUUCUGCCACAAUCUUCAUUGCGUCUCCCGCAGCAACCUUCAUUAUUAGCAUCCUGGAACGGCACCCUGGCGAAAUGGGCAUCUGGGAAAUAAUCGAUUUCGCAUCGCUCGACGGAGAAAUUCAGGAGCUGAUAAAGGAGAGCGCGGCGGUGCGUGAGAAUGCGUACUCGCCAUACAGUAAGUUCAAGGUCGGUGCCGCGGUACGAUGCGUCGACGGUAGCAUCUCACGGGGCUGUAACGUGGAGAAUGCGUCCUAUCCGGCGGGCGUGUGCGCCGAGGUCACGGCAAUCGCGCGGGCUGUGUCGGAGGGGAAGCGAAAGUUCACGGCGUUAGCCGUGGUAGCUGAUCAGGAAAACACUUCGUUUACCACGCCAUGCGGAGUGUGCAGGCAGUUCAUGUCCGAGUUUGGCGAAAACAUGCCCAUCUACUUGACGAGAUCCGAUAUGAAGAAAGUUCUACGGACUAAGGUGCACGAACUGUUGCCGCUCUCACCCUUUCGCACAAAUGAUACGGAGAUUUCAUAAUUUAUCCUCGUUGUUGAAAGCGAUGUUCAAACAACACGGAGGCUACAAUGGAAGGCGUUGAAUUUUUCUAUGUAUGUACUUAUCCAGAGUAUUUAUCCAAAACCGAACAUUUGUAAAUCUUGUUACAUACAUAUGAUUCGGCAUAUCAACAUGAGACUUUAUUUCAAUGAAAUUAAGAUCGACGAUGCACAAGUAUUAUUUACACUGAUGUGAUAUAUGUAUAUGAGUAAUGGAGUAGCUAUUGUGUAAAGUAACCACGAGUUAAUAGAUAAUGUGUGAUGUGUAACACACACACACACACACACACACACACACGCGCGCACGCGCACACACACACACACA